UUUUACUUUAGAGGAAGUUGUGAUGUUGUCAUUGGAGCAAUAUGUAAGAUAUAUUUGUAAAAGUUGUAUAAAACUCAAAUGGUAUAAAUUGUCACCAAUAGCUUAUUCCAGUAAUUUCUUCUCUUAAAAUUAUACAAAAAGUACAUUUGCUGUGAAGCACAAGCCAUUGCAUUUUAAAGAAAAGAAAAUUAAAGAAAAUAGAAGGUAACCUUUUCUUUUUUUUCUUUUUUCUUUUUUUAAAUGAUAAUCAAAAGACAAUAUAGGCCAUAAUUUAGUCACUGGGAAGCUAUCCUCUUUUCCCGCCUGUAUUCUGUCAUCCAUCAGUGCUUGGAUCUUCCUCCCCCUUUUUUUUUAAUUCCACAUUGAAGAAGAAAAGCAGCCUCUUGUCCACAAUGUCUUAAAUUCAGCUUGAGAAGGCCCGGGCUCGGAGUCACGGCAUUGUGAAAUCAUGUGAGGCGAGCAAUUAUCCGUCACAAAAAGAAGACAGCGGAGGCUUUUGUUUGCCCCAUUGUCGCUGCCACACGGGCCACCCUCACAUUGGCUCGCUUCUCCAACGGGAGCCGCUCGCUGCCAUCAGGCUGGCUUUGUUCUCGCCGGCAAAUAAACAGACUGCGGCAUAAUGGACCACUUAUGUGUAAGAUCACUGAGGUUGCCCGGCGUGCCCCGCGCUGACUGAGUCACGGGCCUCGUGCGUCGUCCCCACACUUUCCCGGUGACACAAUUUCUGUUUAUGAAACUCGGCGUCAUGUGACUUGUGUUGGGGCUUGCAUCAUCACGGCGACGGCGUGUUAUUAUGUGUGCUGACUUUGCACUUCAGACACUUAAAGCGGACCAGUAAAUCAGAUCUUCAUCAAAAAAAUUUUGCAGAUUUUGUUUCCCUGCCCUCACUUCCACAUUGACCAUCAUUAUCCACUCACACUUUUCCAGAAAUAAAAACAAGCUGAAGGAAACCGUAGCGAGCGCGUGUCAUUUUCAGCAACACGUGAAACCUCGAUUAUGUUUCUGUGAGGGCUUGUGAUAACAACAUUGAAGGUGCUUGCAUGUGUGGUCUCGAGUGGUAGAGCCGCCGGGUGGGCCUUCCAGAACCCAGACCAGAACUCACGGCGCGGCCAAGCUCUUCAUCUUCAAUUCGUCGGCGUAUUCGGCCACCGGAGGAGAAAAUCUUACGAGAUUCGCCCGAAAAACAAAAGCAGAAGCCUGAUUUGGCAUGGACCCGCCCCCUGGAUCAUAUCUUGGAUCGGUGGUGCUCAACCUCCAUGGUUGAGGUUUGGCGGGAUGGAGCAAGUUGGCGACUCCAGUUGACUUUCUCGCCUUCAUUCUUCACAUUCCCCUUGUGGCUUCUGCUCGCACCUGACGUGACGUCUCAAAAGCACAUGGUGACAGAAGAUUGCACAGCCCUUUUUUCCUGCAGAGAUAUUCUGACAACUUCACCGCUGGGAAGUCGCUCCUCACGACCUCUCCGGAUCUCAGAAAGCAGCUUUGGAAGGGAGAAAGCGGGAGUGACACAUGGGGGAGAUGGGUGCCUUCGAGCCUGGAAGCGCAGCUGAACCACGCGAGAGGGAGGAGGGAAGGGAGGAGAGAGGGAAACCACAAUGAGGGUCCGGCCCACCGCCGUGGUGACGUCGCGGGAGCACGUGAACGAGGCUCUCCAGUGACGGCGCGUGGAGGGCAGGAAAAGCAGUUUUUAAAGCCGCUGGUGCCGUUUUGGGGUUUUUGCGCGAGGUGCUCCUCCAAAACAACCACAGAACCACAGACGCGCAGCUCGGGGCUUGGCGUGGCCGGAGCGUCAAUGGUUAAUGGUCGCGGGCCAGCAGCACCAGUCACAAGGACGGCGCUAAGCGGGACGUGUCAAGGUUCACGGAAACCGCCGAGGAGCGAGAGCUGGUUCCGGCAUGGCGUCAAACAGCCUCUUCAGUACCGUCACACCAUGCCAGCAGAACUUCUACUGGGACCCGAGCGCCAGCCGGAGGUUCAGCCCACCGUCCAGCAGCCUGCAGCCGCUUGCGGGCAAAAUGACGGACGUAGGCUCCCCGGUUGCCGGCGGAGGUGGCGGAGGAGGCGGCGGCGGGCAGGCUGAUGCGACCGCGGUGGUGCCCCGGUUGCGCGCCCACGAGAACCGCAGCAUGGCCGAGAUCAUCGCCGACCAUCCGGCCGAGCUGGUGCGCACCGACAGCCCGAACUUUUUGUGCUCCGUGCUUCCGUCGCACUGGCGAUGUAACAAGACUCUGCCCGUCGCUUUCAAGGUGGUGGCGCUAGGGGACAUAACGGACGGCACUGUGGUGACGGUAAUGGCGGGCAACGACGAGAACUAUUCGGCCGAGCUGCGGAACGCUUCGGGCGUGAUGAAGAACCAGGUGGCGCGCUUCAACGACCUGCGCUUCGUAGGCCGCAGUGGUCGAGGCAAAAGCUUCACGCUGACCAUCACCGUGUUCACCAACCCGCCGCAAGUCGCCACUUACCACCGAGCCAUCAAGGUUACAGUGGACGGACCACGAGAGCCCAGGCGGCAUCGUCAGAAGCUGGAGGACCCUCCAAAGUCAGGCCUGUUUUCGGACCGCCUGAGCGAGCUGGAGAGGAUGAGGGUCCGUGUGGCGGUGCCCGCCCAGGCCCAGCGACCGGCGCUCAACGCCGCGCCCAACUCGUUCACGGCGCAGGGACAGACGCAAAUCACCGAUCCGCGUCAGUCUCAGUCGUCGCCGCCGUGGUCGUACGAUCAGACGUAUCCGUCCUACCUGAGUCCCAUGGCGUCCCCCUCCGUGCACUCCACCGCCCCGCUCUCCUCCAGCAGAGGGACGGGCCUGCCUUCCAUCAACGAUGUGCCCAGACGCUUGCCAGGUUCUUCGGACCUGAGCCCGUUCCCGGGGCAGUUUGAGCGCCAAUUCCCGGGCUUGUCUUCCCUGACGGAGAGUCGCUUCAGCGGUCCUCGCAUGCACUACCCGGCCACCUUCACCUACACGCCGCCCGUCACCUCCGCCAUGUCGUUGGGGGGCGCCCACUACCACACCUAUCUUCCGCCACCAUACCCGGGCUCCACGCAGAACCAGAGCGGACCCUUCCAGACCAGCAGCACCCCUUACCUGUACUACGGCGCCUCGUCCGGGUCCUACCAGAUCUCCAUGGUGUCGGGCGGGGGCGCGGGCGGCGGCGAGCGCUCGCCCUCGCGCGUGGCCCCCCCGCCCUGCACCAGCGCCUCCACAGGGACUUCGCUGGUCAACCCCAACCUGCCCAACCAAGCGGAUGGCGGCGUGGACGCGGGAGACGGUAGCCACAGCAAUUCGCCCACCGUCCUGAACACGGGCGGGCGCAUGGAUGAGGCUGUGUGGAGGCCCUACUGAACACCUGACUGAAAAGGGAUUUCUUUUGUUUAAAGCAGCUCAUCCUAACUUGUGUGGACUUGUCUUCCUGGAAUGUUUGGACCAAAGCGCUCAAAGCAGCAAUAAGAAGCACAUCCUUCCUAACAGACUUUUUUUUGUAUCUCUUUAAUACCAAUGGACAGGAGGCACAAACAAAAAAGAAGAAAAUAAUAAUGUUUACACUACCACAUUGAAGUCUGAAUUUAACCAGCAUAAAUUUGUAUAUUUUGAAGGGGCAACUUUAUCAGCAACAUUUUUCCCUUAAAAUAAUUCUUGAACAUUUUGAAGUAUUUUGACUUUUCCUCAAAUCUCCAGUUUUGUUCUUGUAAGAUUCCGGCGCUGAUGUGGUAGCGUAAUUGUUUAUCUUUGCUUUUACGACUUUCAUCCUGAUUGUUCCUUUAAUGCUUUGUUUUGCAUUAGGCAUGUUUUUUGUUUUUUUUCUAUACGACAAUACAAAGACGCACUGAGCAGCGAGACUUAUUUAAACGUGUAUAUUACAGGGCGUUCUGCUUCCUGUUUAACUUAUGAAGCCAUAACUUAUGUAUUAUUAUAUUUUUGAAAACUUGACUCAUCCCAGUACUUUUGCUGCGUCUUUAUGACUCAAUUUUUCAACACGGCGACAACAAAAAGAAAAAUACAGUUUUGUACGACAACCAAGAUUCAGACAAUCAGUGAAAUUCCAAUAAAAGAGCUCAGGAUCCAAAGAUUUUGUUGUUUGAUACGUGACCACUUUAAGAAAGUUGGUCAGGGUGUUUGACACUCGCGUUGGUUCUUUUGAUAAUUCUUUUCUUUGUCAUGUUGAUGCCAUCUUGACUUAAGUAAAAGCACUUAAUGGAUACAAAAGUUGUAUGAUGUCAUCCUGUUGCCUGAUUGGCUGUUAGUAGUCAGCAAUUAUGUGCAUACAUUUAUUUUCAGCAUUGUCAGAGGAUUCAUUUUUAACAUUUGAAUUCUAUUCUCCAUCAAUUCCAAAGGUACAUUUUUGAAAACUUUUGUACAAUACCAAACAUAGUGCAAUUUAGUACAAAACACACUUUUCUAAGAGGCCUUUUCUCACAUUCACUUUGUAGGAUUUUGUACAAAACUGAUGGUUUAAAUAAUUUCAACAAAAUACAAUUGGGAAAUUAUGAUGUGGUGCACAAAAAUUGCAGAUGAAGUUUUCUGAGCGCUAUGUCCGCCGCUGUCUUUUGUUGUACAGCUUUUCCUUUGUAUUAAAUAUGAAAAAAUUAAGUUUUAUUUUUCUAUUGCUUAUUUUGACAUUUGGAAUUAGUUUCUUGUGUAGAUAAGUGCAUGUCUACAUGUAUGUGUAUAUAAUAUACAAUACACAUAUAUUUACACAGACACAUUCAUACAUGUACACUAUAACUUUUUUGGUAUUCUAAAUUUUCUUACAUUUUAUUUUAUUUAAAUUACCAUUUUUUUAUUCUUCUAGAAUUUAUUUUUUAGAUGUACUUAAAAUAUAGUUUUAAAAGUUUAUUUUAAUUUAAUUUAUUUAUUUUUUACUUUUUUUUUUAAAUUGGCAAAUCAAUCCACUUGAGCUUUUUUUGUAGGAUUACCUACUAAAUUGAGAAAUGAAAAGAAAAAUUAACCGGUUUUAAUUUUUUUUUAAAGAUUUUUAAUAUUUUAAAAAAGAAGACAUCUGGUUUUAGUUCAUCAAUCAUCAUGGACAAUGUUUUGCACUAUCAGCACUACCACAAACCUUGGCACAAAAUGAGAUGCAGACGUCAAUGUUGGGAAUUUGGUCGUCAUCAGAUCUUUUAUUUAGUGGGCGCUAAUACAAUAAAGUCAUUCAGGUGGAUUUUAUUUUUGAAGGGUUGCAUGCAGAGCAAAUCAAAUAUUCCACACAUACACGCAUGACAUUCCCACUGCUUCAGCCUGAAAAGUCAAAGUAUUUAUGUUGUAACUGGAGAAAGCAAAUAAAAGGCUUUUAGAUGA